AUGGUCCUCCGAACUCCACCUCGACCUCCUUCAGCCAUGUUGUUGAAUGUGAUCGCAUACCUAGGUUUGGUGUCCCUAGUGUCGGCAUCCCCGGCCUAUUAUUUGCCUCGUGAACUAGCAGAAAGCAAGACAUCGACCUACGGGAAACAUGGUGCAGUUGCGACCGAAAUUAAGCAAUGCUCGGACUUAGGAGUCGAGCUCCUUAAAAAAGGAGGAAAUGCGGCCGAUGCUAUGAUCGGAGCUCAACUUUGCGUUGGAACUGUUGCUGCGUACCAUUCAGGUAUUGGCGGAGGUGGAUUCAUGCUAGUUCGAUCGCCCAAUGGGACCUAUGAGACCAUCGACUUUCGGGAAUUUGCUCCGGGUGCUGCCACAGAGCUCAUGUAUGUGAACAAGACCGGAUCCCCCUCUCAGGUAGGAGGACUGGCUGUAGCCGUGCCUGGAGAGCUACGAGGGUUCGAAGCACUUCACAAACGACACGGAAAGUUGCCUUGGAAAAAGAUAUUCGAACCGGUAAUCGAACUAUCAAAGGGAUUUGAGGUUUCCCGUGAACUCGCAAAAGUGUUGGCCGGUAACCUUACGUAUAUCACAGAGGAUCCUCUUUGGGCUGCCGUCUACGCGCCCAAUGGUAAGGUCGCUGUUGCAGGUCAGACCAUCCGUCGGCCAACGUAUGCCAAAACUCUGCAGAGGAUUGCUAAUGAAGGGGUUAAUGCAUUUUACACCGGUUCCAUUGCGAAGAAUAUCAUUUCCACGGCACAAAACAACGGAGGAAUUAUUACGCUGGAAGAUCUUGAAAAGUACCAAGUUGUCAUUCGAAAGCCAGUUCAGAUAAAAUACAGAAACUAUACCAUCACAUCUUGCCCAGCACCAUCUUCGGGCAUCAUUGCACUCUCUGCACUGGGAAUAUUAGAGAAUUUUGAUAUUUCGAAUUCUUCUAGUAUCAACACAACAACCCACCUGUUGGAUGAAGCAAUCAAGUUCGCAUACGGACAGCGUAUGAGUGUUGGUGAUCCCGCAUUCGUGAAGAAUGUAACCGAUUUGCAAACCUUUUACCUUCAGAAGAGUACAUCAAAGGAAUUGGCAGACAAGAUCUCCCUGAGCACUACCUUCCCAUCCUAUUAUUAUAAUCCCGAUAAUUACACUGCUCAACGGGAAUCUGGGACUUCGCAUCUGGUAGCUGCAGAUGCAUCGGGUCUGGUUGUUUCCCUCACAAGUACUGUUAAUUACUAUUUUGGAUCACAACUAAUGACGAAGGACGGGAUCAUUCUCAAUGAUGAAAUGGAUGACUUUUCUACUCCCGGAACCUCCAAUGGAUUUGGUUACAUCGCAACACCUGCUAAUUACAUCGCGCCCUACAAACGCCCCUUAUCAUCGAUUAGUCCAACGAUAGUUGAAGACAAUGAAGGAAACUUCCGCUUCGCAACUGGUGCAGCUGGAGGUUCGCGAAUUAUCACUGCAACCCUUCAAUCGCUAUGGCAUGUUCUUGAUCAGGGUAUGGAUGUGCAAAGCGCCAUCAAUUCCCCGAGGCUACAUGACCAGAUUGUCCCGCUUACCACAACGUUCGAAUACACUUAUGACAACUCCACAACCGCGUACAUGGCUGCGUUGGGCCAUAACGUGAGCUGGGUAGCUCCGGGGCAGAGUGUAGUACAAGGGGUUACUCGUGAUCGUAAUGGGGUGUUUGCCGCUGCUAGCGAUGGCCGCAAGUUAGAUUCAGGCGCAACCAUUUAUUGA